GCGGCCGUAAGACAUACUAGAAAGUACGGCGCCUUUGGCUCUGGGGAGCCGUACGCACACGCAUAUAUCGCUAGCGCACGAUAUUACAUAUCACUACACUGCUGCGGCCUGUAGGAAGCGAUGCCGCGGCUCCUCCUGGUCGUCGCCGCGACGUGCUGCGCGCUGCAGCCCCACAGCGCACUACACCCAAAAGCACCGCGCCGCGCAAUAACCGUCACGGCCGCCGAACUCAUCUCCGAGACCGACGCGGAAGCCCUCGCCGACGUCGUCGCCGCAGCGCUCGAAACGGACGCUGUUAUAGACCUACGCGUCAAUAGGGGAGAAGCUGACGCCAUGUUCAAGCGCGUGAGCGGCCGCGUGGUGGAACUGAAGAACAAGCGGCUGCUCCAGCUCACCUAUAAGAGGAGAGGCGCCUGCGACCUCCAGCGCAACCACGCGUUUCAGGGCGACGACGGCGCCGAAGGUACUGAUGGCGACCUGCUGCCGCCCAAGAAAUGGUCCGCGCGCAAGGCCGUCGCGCACGCUUUGACGGGCGGCGCGCACGCGAAGGCGACGGUCGGCGCCACGCGCUACGACCUCACAAAAGGCUCUUUGACAUCUACAAGCUGCGCCCCGGCCAAGAAGACGGCUUCACAUGACCGCACUAAAAAGCGCGUCGUCAGCGACGACUUCUUGGUGGCGCUCAACGUGACGAACGCCGCGGGCAAGGCGCGGCCGGGCAUGGAAAGGAAACGCAAGCAGAUCUUGAGGUUCGCCGAGCUUUUAGAUCAUACGCUCUCCAAGACGGAUUUGUAUGCUUCCGAUUCAAUCCGUCUGGUCGACGAGGGCUGCGGCAAGGGCUACCUGACCUUCGCGGCGCACGAGUUGCUGAAGAAGAAGAGUCAGGCGGCGCUGGACGUCGUCGGCGUCGAGCGGCGGCGCGAGCUCGUCGACGCUUGUAAUUGGGCGUGUCGCGACGAUGCUGGAUUGUCGUUCAUGGCGGGCGACAUCGCACCUCAAGGAAAGGUGGACGUCGUCGUCGCGUUACAUGCGUGCGACACGGCCACGGACGACGCUUUGCAUGCCGCGGUCCUCGGCGGCGCGCGGGCGAUCGUCGCCGCGCCGUGCUGCCACAAGCAAUUAAGGCCCCAGCUCGAGCGGCACCGCAAGGGUUCUGAGGCGGAUCCCGCGCUGCAGGCGAUCCUGCAUCAUGGUAUUCUCGCGGACCGGCACGCCGAGGCGGUGACAGAUACGAUGCGGUGUUUGGCGCUGGAAUGCGUCGGCUACGAAGCUAGGAUGGUGGAAUGGGCGCCCCUCGACCACACGGCGAAGAACACGAUGCUCGUCGCGACGCGGGCGGACGCCGGGACCGACGCUGCUGAAAGGUUGCGGGCGCUCGCGGCGUUCCACGGCGUGGCGCGGCAGCGGUUGUGUGGGCUGUUGGAGCUGGAACUGCCUGGCGGUGGCGACGAGGUGCCGCCGCGGGGGCGGAUGCCUCAGGAGUAAUGUACUUGUUGUUACA